GCGCGAGACUGCUCCUUUCCGUCCCCCCGCGCCGGUCCUCCCGGCCCGGUCCCUCCUCCCGCCGCCCUCCCCGCGGGGAAUAUGGUCGCCGGCCAUGGACGCCCCCGGUGCAGGAUAUGCCUUUGAGCAUCUUAUUGAAACAUUAGAUGACAUAUCACCUAAGAAGUUCUUCAACGUACCUAAACUUGGAGGCGCCAAGUAUGAUGCUCUGCCUUACUCAAUACGGGUCCUGUUGGAAGCUGCUGUGCGAAACUGUGACGGCUUUUUCAUGAAGAGGGAAGACGUCAUGAACAUUUUAGACUGGAAAACCACGCAGCGCACCGUGGAAGUGCCCCUGUUCCCCGCCCGCGUCCUCCUCCAGGACUUCACUGGGAUCCCAGCUAUGGUGGAUUUUGCUGCUAUGCGAGAAGCAGUGAAAACUCUGGGAGGAGACCCCAAGAAAGUGCACCCCGCUUGUCCCACGGACCUCACGGCUGACCACUCUCUACAGAUCGACUUCAGCAAAUGUGCAAUACAGAAUGCUCCCAAUCCUGGAGGCGGCGACCUGCCGAAGGCCGGAAAGCUUUCUCCACUCCGAGUGCCCAAGAAGCCUCCGUGCCGAGGCCAGACUCCCUGCCGAGGACCCUGCGAUUCCGGAGAGCUGGGCCGCGCCUCAGGAACGUUCUCCUCGCAGAUCGAGAACACGCCCAUCCUGUGUCCUUUCCAUUUGCAACCAGUGCCUGAACCUGAAGCAGUGUUAAAAAACCAAGAAGUUGAAUUUGGCAGAAACCGAGAGAGGCUUCAAUUUUUUAAGUGGAGCUCUCGAGUGUUCAAGAAUGUGGCUGUCAUCCCUCCUGGAACGGGAAUUGCUCACCAGGUGAACUUGGAAUAUCUGUCACGAGUGGUUUGUGAAGACCAGGGCCUCCUCUUUCCCGACAGCGUGGUUGGCACAGACUCUCACAUCACCAUGGUCAAUGGUUUGGGGAUUCUUGGGUGGGGAGUGGGCGGCAUUGAGACAGAAGCCGUCAUGCUGGGCCUGCCCGUGUCUCUGACUCUACCGGAGGUGGUUGGGUGUGAGCUCACCGGCUCGUGCAACCCCUUCGUGACGUCCAUCGAUGUCGUCCUCGGCAUCACCAAGCACCUGCGGCAAGUAGGAGUGGCUGGAAAGUUCGUGGAGUUUUUCGGAAGUGGAGUUUCCCAGUUAUCUGUUGUCGAUCGAACUACCAUAGCAAACAUGUGUCCGGAGUACGGUGCUGUCCUCAGCUUUUUUCCUGUUGACAAUGUGACAUUGAAACACUUAGAACACACAGGUUUUGACAAAACCAAACUUGAGUCUGUUGAAAAGUACCUGCAAGCUGUGAAGUUGUUUAGGAACGAGCAGAGUUCUUCAGAGCCUGAGUACUCGCAGGUGACGCAGAUGAACCUCAGCUCCAUCGUUCCCGCCGUCAGUGGCCCCCGACGGCCUCAGGACAGAGUGGCGGUGGCGGACAUGAAAAGUGAUUUCCAGGCCUGCCUCAGCGAGAAGGUUGGAUUCCGGGGCUUCCAGAUCGCGGCGGAGCGACAGAAGGACGUGGUGCGCAUCGAGUACGAGGGCAGCGAGUACGCGCUGUCUCACGGGGCGGUGGUCAUCGCGGCCGUCAUCAGCUGCACCAACAACUGCAACCCGUCCGUCAUGCUGGCUGCAGGUCUUCUGGCUAAGAAGGCGGUGGAGGCCGGGCUGCGCGUGAGGCCGUACAUCCGGACGAGCGUGUCCCCGGGCAGCGGCAUGGUGACGCACUACCUCGGCUCCAGCGGCGUGCUCCCCUACCUGAGCAAGCUCGGGUUUGAAAUCGUUGGCUAUGGAUGCUCCACCUGCGUGGGGAACACGGCGCCCCUGUCAGAAGCAGUCUUGAAUGCCGUGAAACAGGGUGAUUUGGUUACCUGUGGAGUAUUAUCUGGAAACAAACAUUUUGAAGGCCGUCUUUGUGAUUGCGUCCGUGCCAAUUACCUCGCCUCCCCUCCCCUGGUGGUCGCCUACGCCCUGGCCGGCACGGUGAACAUCGAUUUCCAGACAGAGCCGUUAGGGACUGACCCCACCGGCAAGGACGUUUACCUGCAUGACAUUUGGCCUAGCCGGGAAGAGGUUCAGCGGGUAGAAGAAGAGCAUGUGAUUUUGUCCAUGUUUAAAGCACUGAAGGAGAAGAUAGAGAUGGGAAACAAGCGGUGGAAUUCUCUAGAAGUCCCCGACUCCAUUUUGUUCCCAUGGGACGUGAAGUCAACCUACAUCCGCUGUCCCUCGUUUUUUGACAAGCUUACCAAAGAGCCGGCCCCCGUCCCGCCCCUGGAGGGCGCGCACGUCCUGCUGUACCUGGGGGACUGCGUCACCACCGACCACAUAUCGCCCGCGGGGAGCAUCGCGCGGAGCAGUGCUGCUGCCAAGUACCUGACCAACAGAGGCCUUACCCCUCGUGAGUUCAACUCCUACGGAGCCCGCAGGGGCAACGACGCGGUGAUGACCAGGGGCACCUUUGCCAACAUCAAGCUUUUUAACAAGUUCAUUGGGAAGCCGGCCCCCAAAACGAUCCAUUUUCCAUCCGGACGCACGCUGGAUGUGUUUGAAGCCGCGGAGCUGUACCAGAAAGAAGGUAUCCCCCUGAUUAUCUUAGCAGGAAAGAAGUAUGGCUCCGGGAACUCACGAGACUGGGCCGCCAAAGGACCGUAUUUGCUGGGUGUCCGAGCUGUGCUGGCUGAGAGCUACGAGAAGAUCCACAAGGACCACCUGGUGGGCAUGGGCAUCGCGCCACUCCAGUUCCUCCCGGGGGACAGCGCCGUCUCCCUGGGGCUGUCGGGCAGGGAGACCUUCUCCUGCGCCUUUCCGGAGGGGCUGGCGCCCGGGACGGCCUUGAGCAUGAAGACGAGCACCGGGAAGGCGUUCCGCGUCCUGGCCGCCUUCGAAAGCGACGUGGACGUGACCUUGUUCAAGCACGGGGGACUGCUGAACUUCGUGGCGCGGAGGUUCUCCUAGUGUCGGCUCCCCGCCUCGCGGCGCUGGCGGCGGUCACCACCCGCGGCCUUUCCUGCGGGCCCCGGGCUCCCGCGGGGCGCCGGACCCCACCGCCCGGCCACGCCCGGCCACGCCCGGCCGCCCGGCCCCGGAUGGUGAUGGUGACCCACACAGUGACUGCGACGCGGUCUCGGUUUUCCAUACAAUCCGAAUGGUGCUAUUUACACUGCUGAAAUCAACGUGUGGUGUGUGGUGUGGCAGAGCCUGUAAGUAUGGGGGGUAUUUUAUCAGUCCAUUUUGUAAAUAAAAGGCGGAAUCGGA